GCGAGUAGUCCUGUUUAUUUAUGCUCCGUACCUUAUAAAGUUUUCGAGAAGUAUAUAAAAUAAACUAAGUCAAGAAAAUUUAGAAAUAAGUUAUAUUGCUGGCUAUUAUUAUUAAUUGAUCAGAAUGGGCCCAAAAAUCACCAAUGAAAUAAAAACAUCCAUGAAAGAAACAUUAAAGGAAAUCGUAAGUGACGACGAAUUUAUCGAUAAAUUAUUAUCGAAGUUCACAGAUAAGAUCCACACCUUGCAAGAAACCAUAAACAAACAAGAAACAUUAAUUCAACAGCUGGAAAAUCGAAUCGAUCAUUUACAACAGGUCAGUAAGAUGAAUAAUAUUUGCAUAUACAAUUUAGAUGAGGAGAUUGAAGAAAAAACAUCGGAGCAAGUAAUUAAUCUACUCAAUAAUAGGAUGAAAAUUAACAUUAAGAAGGAAGACAUAAUCAAGGCGCAGAGAGUUGGCGUAAAAAAUGAUAAAACUAGACCAAUUAUUGUGAAGUUUGAGAAAUACCAGCAUAAAGCCAUGGUUUUAAAAAAUUGCAAAUUACUGAGAGGAACAAAGAUUGGAAUAGCUGAGGACUUGCUAAGAAAAAAAAUUCAUCUUUAUAAAGAAGUCACCAAGAUGUAUGAUAGAAAGUACGGAGUCGCUUGAUUUGAUUGGAUUUAAUUGCAUAUUAAUCAUUUACAUUUAUGUCACUGGACUAUUUUAAUGGAGUGGAUGGGUAUGGUAGUCUGGACACAGAGAUCUUUGAUGGGAUUCAGAAGGUAAAUUAUUUUUCUGAACAAGGGAAUUUCAAUAUAUUGCACUUUAAUAUUCGUAGUAUACGUAAAAACUUCGAUGAGUUAAUUUUAUAUUUGGAACAAAUAGAAUUAAAUAAUAUUGAUAUUCUUGUACUAUCUGAAACCUUUAGAGUGGAUAACUUAGAUCAUUUUAAAAUUAGAGGCUUUAACAGUUUUUAUAAUGAAUCGUUGAAUAAUAAAAAUGAUGGACUAAUCUUAUAUGUCAGAGAUACAAUAAAUGCUAAAUGCAAUAAUUAUAUAUAUCAUGAAACAACUAUUCUGAGAUGUAUCUUGAAAGUAAAUGGUGAAGAUUACGGCCUGUCUGCCUGUUAUAGAUCGCCUAAUUUGAACCUCAGCAGUUUCUUGGACGAUUUACAAAAUCAUUUCGGUCAAAUUAAACCACUAAAAACUGAAAUAUUCAUAGGGGAUUUAAAUAUAAAUAUUAAAGAUAAAAAAAAUUUCGAAGUUAAUACCUACUUGAACGUUUUGUCUGAAAAUGGUUUGUUUUCAUGCAUCAAUAAACCAACUAGGGAAAGUGAAGUCUCCUCUACCAUAAUUGAUCAUUUAUUCCUUAAAACAACUGAUUUAGAUAAUAAAAAAGAUAGCAUAAAACCUUUUAUCAUUCGGAGUUCAAUCACUGAUCAUUACUGUAUUGGUUUAAGUAUAAUUAAUAAGAAAAUAUCUGAUGAAGUAAACAAAACACAUAAUAAAAGGGAAAUUAAUCAUAAUAAACUAUUUACAAAACUGAAAACUGAAACGUGGCGAGGAGUGUAUGAAGCAGAUAAAUCUGUUGAAACAAUAUAUGAAACUUUCAUUAGUAAACUGUUGUCAAACGUGAACCAAUGUACAAUUGAAAAUCAAAUUAACAGCAAAAAUA